AUGCCGUCACAACGCGGCAAACGUCCUUCAAUCGUCGAUGGUAGGAUCUUAGAGCCUGAGCACAACCUGAAACCUCAGACAUUCGGCUCCUUCAAUCAAGACACCUUGGCUCGCAUCGCGCAAGAGCAAGCUGAGGAAGCUAGAAAUGCGCGCCUGGCCUUAGAGCUUCCUAACUCUCAAAACUCUUCGCCGCUCCACCCACCCCGCACCUCCUCCAUGAAUUGGUCGGCCUCUACGCAGUCGUUAUCCUCGCAGCAACCAGUAAGUCGCCGUUACUACAGCAGCUCUCUGUCUGAUGAAGAUCGAACCGCUUUGGCUAUCGGUGAGCUCAAUCACAACCUGAGCGAGUGGUCUGGAGGCAAGCUGGUCCAAUACCACGUAUCUCGUAUUGAACUGGUCCCCUACACCGACAAGCGACAAGAUAUCAUCGCAGAUAUCCUCGACGAGAAGCGCGGGGGUGAGCGCUUCAUGCUCAAGUCGACGCAACAGGCGAAGCGUUUCGUAGGUUCACCCUUGACCAAACUGGAGAUGGUCAAAGAAGUUGAGGCUUACAAUGUACAGACGCGUGAUGAAGAUUCCCGUUCCAUGGUCGAUCUCCGCACCGUAAGUACGCCCAGCUUACCGCUUUCUCCGACCUCUCUCGCGCCGCAAUUUUCACAUGAGUCCUUCCCCUUCCCCGUGAGCGAGGCCCAGAACACGCGCAAUAGCACAUCUGUUGGUGCUGGCAACAACGGCUUGAGACCAGCUCGUAAUCCUGUGGUUCAAUCUCCACAUACAUCUGAGUCCUCCCGGGACUCUAGUCGCAAUCGUGGUCGCGCGUGGGAUCGUCGUCCACUGGUCAGGAAAGCCGACCGCAAUCCCAACCGAAUCCGCAGCUCUUUCUCACCGCCAUACGUUGCAAAGACAGAUAUUACUUUUGACACUUUCCUCGCACCGCAUGCUUCGGGCAAGGGCGAGACGCACCGCGAUUCAAUCGUCAAGAAGGACGAGGAGCCACGCAACCUCCCGCGCCGACUCAGCAAGAUGCCUUCUAUGCCGCAGCUGAAGAAGCGUGCUUCACAGGCUUUCAUCUUUGGUCCAAAGAAUUGA